AUGGCGGACACAUCGGGGACCGAGCAGCUGUCAGACGAGAAAGAAACAGACAGCGAGCUCAAGAAACGACAGAAACGACCUUGGGAGGAGUUGCACAGGUCGGGUAAAAUCCGUAUAACUCCAGAGCUGCCGGAAACUUUGGGAUUUUACGACAUCGGUGCUGUCAGGAGGGAGCACCUGGAGCAGCCAGCAGAUCCAUCGUUGACGCGAUUCAUCUCUGCAGAGCUCACCAGAGGCUACUUCCUCGAACACAAUGAGGCAAAAUACACAGAGCGCAGAGAGAGAGUGUACACAUGCAUGCGGAUUCCCAAGGAGCUGGAGAAGCUGAUGACCUUUGGCCUCUUCCUGUGUGUGGAUGCCUUCCUGUACGUCUUCACCCUGCUACCCCUCAGGGUGCUGCUGGCCCUGCUCCGUCUCCUCACUCUGCCAUGCUGUGGCUUCAGGGCACGCACAUGCCCCUACUGCAGAAGAAGCAGCGGGUCGCGGCUGCUGCAGCCGGCGCAGGUGUGUGACAUGCUGAAGGGCCUGAUCCUGGUGCUGUGCUUCUCCAUGAUGCAUUAUGUGGACUACUCCAUGAUGUACCACUUGAUCAGAGGACAGUCGGUCAUCAAACUCUACAUCAUCUACAACAUGUUGGAGGUGGCUGACCGCCUCUUCUCCUCGUUUGGUCAAGACAUCUUGGAUGCUCUCUACUGGACGGCCACAGAGCCCAAAGAACGCAAAAGAGACAGCAUAGGAGUCAUCCCUCACUUCAUCAUGGCCGUUUUUUACGUCUUCCUCCAUUCCAUCCUCAUUAUGGUCCAAGCCUCCACCCUCAACGUCGCCUUCAACUCACACAACAAGUCCCUGCUCACCAUCAUGUUGUCCAACAAUUUUGUCGAGAUCAAAGGAAGUGUUUUCAAGAAAUUUGGGAAGAACAACUUAUUCCAAAUGUCGAACAGUGAUAUCAAGGAGCGGUUCACCAGCUACGUUCUCCUGCUCAUCGUAUGUCUCAGGAAUAUGGAGCAGUUUCUUUGGAAGCCAGACCACAUGUGGGUGAUGUUCCCUGAUGUCUUCAUGGUCAUUUCCUCUGAAAUUCUCGUGGACAUCAUCAAACACGCUUUCAUCACCAAGUUCAACGACAUCACCGCGGAUGUGUACAGUGAAUACCGAGCUAGUUUGGCCUUCGAUCUCGUCAGCAGUCGACAGAAGAAUGCUUGUACUGACUACAGUGACUCAGUGGCUCGGAGGAUGGGCUUCAUCCCUCUGCCUUUGGCUGCGCUGCUCAUCCGAGUGGUUAUGAGUUCUGUGAAGGUGCAGGGGGCUCUUUCAUACACGUGUGUGUUCCUCUUUUAUCUCGGGCUGGUCUCCCUUAAAGUGCUGAACAGUAUCGUGCUGCUGGGGAAGUCGUGCAUCUACGUCAAGAGGGCCAACAUGGAGGACAAACUGUUUGAGAAGCCCACAGCCACUCCCUCCUCCUCUGAGAAAGGCCCCAACCAAGCUGAGGACAGAUGUCCAACACCUUCAGGAGAAUCCAAAGAUGAGGAGAUCCCCACCCCACUCAGCAGACCACCGUACCCCUCCUGCUCUGUGACCACCCAGCCCACUCCCAGGACUGACUUAUUUCCUCCCCCGCCCACUGACUCCUCUUCUGGUGCUACAGCUUGCAGACCUCGUACACCCCCACCUGAACCUGAACAAAGUGCAACAUCACUCUCCAAAGAAGAGGAGGAGGAGGAGGGGGAGGUGAAAGGAGACUCAGAGCUGAAGCACAGGACUCCCAAAAAAGAUCUGUUGGAGAUCGACCGUUUCACAAUCUGUGGUAACCGCAUCGACUGAGCCGCUGCUGAUGUAGCGAUUAACCACUCAGGAAAGACGGAGAGCAAAAGGGCCGUUCAGGUUUGUUCUCCUCGCCGACAGCAGCAGAAAGCUGAGUAUUUAUUAAAGCCAGUGGCAGCACAGUAAGUUAUUGUGAACACAGGGGCUUGGUGUCAGACGAUCCUGCUGCUGCUGAAGACUGAAGUCAAGAAGUUUCACAAAGAAAACUUCAGCUGGCUGACAGAAAGUGAGACUGUGGCAGCCCAGUCGUCAGGGAUGAACUGUGUGUGUGUGUGUGUGUGUGUGUGUGUGUGUGUGGAUGGUUCAGAGUGUGCAGGUGUGAAUAUGUAUGUGUGUGUGUGUGUGUGUUAAAAGUGUGGGUGUGAGAGCACGUAAGCACUUCCCCGUCAGAGCAGCACUGGGACCAGAAGGAGAGAAACUUCUCAGUUAAACUUAUCAGCCAGAAGACAGAGAAACUUCCAAAACCCACAAAUUAAAGGAAACACCUGAAUUAUGAGACUUCAUGAAGGUUGUUCAUCUGUAUUUUUGAACAUGUCAUCCAACAUAUCUGCACAGUUUGCAAGAAAUGUGAGCCUGUUUUUACCGCUCAGGCUUUAUGAUCCGACCCUCGGGCUAUACCUACACAACAACACAUUCAGAUUCUGGGUUUAAGCUCAGAAGUGAAAGGCGUCUAAAAGGUUCCUUUAAUAAGAGAUUUCCAGCCAGUGGUUCCCAACCUGAGGGUCAUGACCCACACAAGGUCUAGAAAAGUUGUCUUGAGAAUUGCUGCAUAUUUUUUUAGCUUUCAUGUGUCUGAGUUACUCAAAGUAACUUUAAGUAGUCAUGGACUUCAACACUGGUGAAGAGGGCUCAACAAGUAGACAUCAGUUUGUUUAAAAAGGUCCAGAAGAGGCUUCACCUGCUCAGUUCAGAAGUCUAAACCUCAGUGAGAAUUUAAGUGAUGCAUCUUUACACUUAACAUCUUUUAAUGGUAUAUAAAUAUGACUUUUAAUAAGAGCUUUAUGUAGACAGAGCUUCUCCGUUUACUCAGCUAACAGAUGCAUUUAUGUGUAUGCUGCAGUCCGCCCCAGCACAUGAAGGAUCUUUCAUGAAAGAACCCUUUUGUGCCGGACAUUAACAAAUGUGAAAAGCAGUCGACACUAAAUCUUCUGCCUCUUCGAGCUGCUUACGUUUUUCAGAGGUCUACUGAAAAAAGAAAUGUGGGAAACAAACAAGUCAAAUAAAUACAAAAAAACCCGCUAAAAAUACUGAAAGAUAACUUAAUUGUUCUUCUUUCUUAGGGUACAUUCUUUCAAUCCUCAGUCAUGAUCUCUUCAUCACUUUACAUUAACCUUCACAACGUACCUGAGCCGCUUUUAUCAGAAACACGUGUUUGAUUUGUCCUUCAUGUUUGGAGAAUGUUUGCACUGACGGGCCGUGAUGUCUUAAGUUUGUCGGGUCAUAAAAAAUAAUUGUUCUAAUGUUUACAUCGUAGAAAAUAGAAGCAAUACUUCCACAACAAAAUGCCUUUUUGCAUGCUUGUUUACAAUUUGUUGAUUUAGACUUUACAGACAUUGCAAAGAAAAAUAAAUAAAUCUAUGAAUAGAUUAUUUAACAGAUCAGUUAUAUCAUCGACCUCUCAUUUGUCAGCCAUAUAUUUAAUAGAGUGUAAGUUAUAUAUCAAAUGGUCUAACCCUGAUAUUAUACCAGAGUUUUAUAAUUCUGCAGCCAUGCCAAAUAUUUAUUUUAUCUCUGAUGACUUUUGUAAUGUGAUCUGAAUCAAAGGAGUGUGUGUUUGUAGCAUGAAGUGGUUCCUGCCAUAUUUACAAGUCUCUGCUGCAGGAACCGUUCAGUGCUGCAACAUGGAUAGUUAAAUCAGAAUUAUACGCACAAAAAUGUUUUUAAUACGUCUGCUUGAGUUCAGGUUCAUUAUCUCUGCUGCACUCUUAAUUUAUUUUUGAAUCAAAAAGGUCGUGUGAAUUCAACAGUCCUACAUGUUGAAACAAUAAUUUAUUUAAAGAUGCUUCUGCAGAAACUUCCACAAGGUGAAGAGAAUCCUCAUUUUUCCUUACGCAGAAGUUUAUGAUGUUUAUAAUAAAAACACAUAUCAGCUUUUUAUUUGAUUCUGAUUUUGUUCAUUACCGUUGUAAUAAGGACGUUGGUUCUGUUUUUGGAGCUGCCACUUGGGAUGUGAUUUUUUUUGCUGCGCAUGAAGUCUGUGACUCUCCUCAGUCCCUUCUUGUGGUUUUGUGAAAUGUCUCGUCUCCACUGGCCUGAGCUCGGUCUCGUUGCGGUUCAAAAAGAGCCUUUCAGAACCACAACCGGACCCAUCUGAGCUCGUCUGAGCUAACAGAGACGAGGCAGAAGCGUUGUUCUGAGGAGUGCGAUGGUCCAGUACACUGCCUGCUUUGUUUCAGUUUGGUUUUCUUUUUUUUAAUUCCUACCUCGAUUAUUGUAUUAAUAUGCCCCUUUUGGAUCAAUAAAAGUUUGUUUCUUAA